AUGAGGGAUCGCACUAGGCAUGGCGCACAGCAAAACCAACUGGAUUACCUUUACGAUGCGUCAGUCGAACCCGAUGAAAACCGAAUCUUCUUCACCGGAUUAUUCAUCCUAAAUUUGUUCGCUCCUUCUUCACACGUUUUACGACUACAAUUCCGUAUGUAUGAAAUCUCGUCCAAUCAUAUUUCCGACCGUCGCGAGCACCUUGCUGUAUCUCAGCUCUUUCCACAUAUAAAUAUCUUAAUUGCCACUGUAAACAAACGCAAUUUUUCACAGUUUCUGUCUCUCCUUUCUCUCUCUCUGUCUCUGUCGCUGUCUCUCUCCCUCUCUUUCUCUCUCUCUCUCUCUCUCUCUCUCUCUAUAUAUAUAUAUAUAUAUAUAUAUAUAUAUAUAAAUAUAUAUCACAACACUUUUUCCAUCCCCGUCUAUUUUUCAUUCUAUCUAUCUAUCUAUCUAUCUAUCUAUCUAUCUAUCUAUCUAUCUAUCUGA